GGGAGAUCCGUUUCUUUUCACAGAUCUGGUCUCUUGGUUCCGAUGCCUUAUACGCUCGCAUUUGUUUUUGAUAGGAUUUUACAAAUCGAAAUCUCCACGACGCGACUCGUUGAUUUCAAUUUUUACAGGUCUUCGUCCUACGCCCUCACGUUAUGCUGUGAUGAAUAACGAUGUGGAUAGCUUAGUGCUGCUGUGUUUUUCCCUGUUUUUCAGGCGUAAGUACCCUUAAAUGGAGGAAGUAUACCGAUACAUAGCUGUCAGCUUUCAUGUAAGUUGAUACUUAGUCGCGAAAAUUUAUUAAAGGGCUUGCUCCGGAGGGGAGAACUCGAUAAAAAUAUUCCUGUCAAAGCAAAGUCAUGUUUCGCGGUAUCAAGUUUGGCGCUUCCUCCACUGGAAAGGCAAAGAAGGACAAGAAGGAAAAGAAGAAAGCCAAAAAGGAGAAAAAGAAACACAAGAAGCGACGGGCCGCUUCCUCCUCCUCCGACGGCGAAUCAUCAGACGAGGAUGCGGUUCAGGAACCAUCUGUGCGAGCAGGCCGAGCUCGAUCAGACGAGGAUGAUGAAGACGACUUCAUGAAGGCCCCUGUUCUCCCGGAGGACGAACUUGAGCUCGGCACUGAUGUGAGAAAUAAACCGCCCGUAAUUGGAAAGGAACGCAAAUCUUCUAAAGCGGCAGGCUCUUCGUCUUCUUCCCCCGCUCGAGCCGAGUCCCCGAAAAAUAAACCUUCAUCUUCUUCAAACCCACCAGCGACCGCCGGCGGCGACGCAACCGCGAAAGAAGCCGCCGCUGCCGGCAGUACUAACCAGCACGGUCCCUUAGACCUGCUUUCUGCGUUUGGUGCGCAAAUAACCGACUUGGAGAGCCGCGCAGACCGCAAAAAACGCGAGCGCAGGGAACAGAAAGAGGAACAAGAUCCCACGGCGCGAAAAGUGGAUCUGGACACCGGCGUGGCCCACGAGCGAGAGUUGAACCCCGCGGCCUACGACCCCCAGCUUGCCGCCGCGCAGCUCGCCAAGGACGUGCACAGUGGUGGUGGCUGGGACCUGCCCGCGCAUCUCCGCAUCGGGGACGGGGGCCGGGCCUGGGAAAAGCGGGCGCGGCAGCGUGAGCGCGAGGAACAGCAGGAUCCGGAGGCGUUCAAGAAUGCGUUACCGGUAAAGAGAAGCGGUAACAAGGGCGGCAAGGGAGGUGGUGGCGCGGCGGAGCAGGCCGCAGGAGCGGAAGAGGACCCCGACGAACAGAUCGAUCAUAACGAGGACUUGUCUAUGUACGAAUGGGGAAGUCAGAAGAAGAAACGACCACAGUUUAAGGGCAGACCCACCGGGCAGAUCAACGACGAACACGGAAAUCCGAUCGAAGACGGGACCACGAAGGGAGGCCAGAAUCGCGGAAAAAAUAAGCUCGAUCACGGCAUGUCGCUGGAGGGUCUGAUAGGGGGUGGGGAUGAGGACGAUAUUCCAGGGAAAAAUAAAGGUGGAAAGAAGGGCGAGAGGAAGGGCGGUUAUAGUACUAGCGGCAAAGGCGAGGUCGACGAGAACAACCGGUCUUACCACAACAAUUCUUCGCGCAGAGACGACCGCGGGCGACGCGACUCUCGACGCCGACGAGAUUCGCGAUCGCGAAGAGGUGGAGCACGGUCGUACUAUGACGAUCGGCGGCGAGGAGGAGGUCCACCCGGCGACGACGGCGCGGAGGAGGAUGAUUUCGGUGCGUUGCGGAAAAAGUACGGUGCAUCCGGAUCAUCGAGGCACGACCAGCGACGAGGAGGAGGUCGACGCGAAGACUCUCGCAGAGGACGCGGUCGCGAGAGGGGUGGUCGCGCUGACAACGCAGCUAGUAGAGCCGAGGAGGAAGAAGACCACGCCAAAGCUGCAAAGAUGAAGCAAGACGAGGAAGAAAAGUCUCUGGACCGCAAUCAGCUCCAGGCACGAGCGCUCCAGGCAAUGAUGAGCGGUGACACGAAGACCUACGACCGUCUCACCGCGAUGCUGCAGGACAAGCCGCCGCUGCUGAACGAGGAACCGGCGGACAAGGGCCUCAGCAAGAAUAGCAAAGGGAAGAAAGGCAAGCAGAAGGGAGGCGACAGUAGCAAGAGCGGCAAAGGCGCGGAGCCACUGACUAUCGAGGAGAUGCAGCGGCACGCGAAGCUUGGCGGCGACGACCACGAGAAGCUGUUUGUGGAUCACAUCCGCAAGCGCGGGCGUAAUUUCAUGGACGUGACAGAUGACACCUACGAGGAAGACGGCUCCUUCAAUGACAACUUUGUGGAGAAGAAGCGCAAGCGCGGGCAGCCACCGCCGAAGGAAAAAGAGAUGAAUAACAACAACGCGCUGGUCACUAAGGAGAAAUUGGUGAAUUUGAAGCGCUGUCCGCACUGUUUCGAGUCCGCCAAGUUUUCCUACCGAUCCGAAUCAACGGCAAAUGAGUUCUACGACGACGACUCUGAGCAGGGUACCAAGGUGAGAAACAUUAACAUUAUUUCCGAGUCGGAUCUCUGCUAUGUCGCGGUGGAGAACUCUCAAGUGGCGUUUCUGGAGCAGGAAAUCAUCAUCGUGCCCUGGGAUCACGUGGACACUAUUUCUGUGAACGACAUGGACGAAGACACUUUUAAGGAAAUCCGAAACUACCAGAAGUCCCUCGUGAAGUUCUUCGACGAAAAGUUUCAAAAGGCCUGCAUUUUUUGGGAGGACGUGCAGCAGGUGCCCACGCCGGAUCAGCAGCACCUCGGCGCGGGAAGGCACUGCGUGGUGCGGUGUUUCCCGGUGGAAAAGGAGUUUCUCACCGAGCUGCAGAUCUACUUCCGCGAGGCCUUCAAGGAAAACGCCGGCGCCAGCGACGAGUUCGAUCGCGUGCACAAAAACCUGAUCGAAAUCCCACCGCACUCGUCGAACAGUAUUCGCGACAAGAUCGCGAAGCGUUUUCCCUACGUGUUCGUCGACUUCGGCCUGAUGAAGGGGUAUCUGCAUCCCGUCGACCAUCCGUUGCCCCGGGACUUCAUCAAACACAUCUUCUGUGGUUGUCUCGACUUGGACUUCCUCACCCACAAAGCGUAUUCCUCGGCGGAGGAUUACGAAGGAGAGGUCAGGCGGAUCAACAAGCUAUUUACCAGCUUCGACUGGAGCAAAGACCUCGAGCAGCAAGUUGGAGAAUGAUUCUUGAUUCUAUACUGACCACGUUCAUCGUUGUCGCUGAUUUCGUGCUGCAGCCUUUCCCCGGUGCGCCUUAAUCUUGAUUCGCGCGAAAGACAGAGGCCCAGUACGAAACGACACUCGUUGACCUGCUCUCCGAUCUCCUAUCAAAUCAGGAACAAAGCGACACUUUUCACUUUUUCACAUGACGUUUGUCCAUUUUCAAUUUCAGCUAAGAAGGAGGCGGAUGCGGAAGUCGUGACUCAUUGACUCCUUCCAAGGGUGGGCGGUCGACGUCAAGCGACCUGUCAUCUCUUUCGUACAACUGAUUGCACCGCAGUCAGCAUAUAGAAAAGUGUUCAAAUUUGUUUUCUACUUCUUUAUACGUCGAGGAAAUACGUCAAAUGUAUCUCUCUCUGUCAGUCGCCGAAGAGAAAGCGAUGUCGGUCAUUUUCAUUGUACUUUUCGUCCAUGAAUAACAUCGGUAAGAGAGAAAAGUCCUUUUUUCGAAGUCGUGCAAAAACCGUUAGGCGUACAGUUAGUCCAAAUCAUCGUACAACCGCAAAGACAAACUCAAACCGUUGUGUGGGCUUUUUUGUCUAUACCACAUUCCGUAUGUUGGAGGAGCGCCCCCGCGUACUCCUUUUGCUUCAUUUUUUUCGAUUCUCUCAAACGCAAAACCAGUGGAGCGGGG